AGGUGUUGGAGUCGGAGUCGGAGCUCAAACACCGGAAUCAAGUCUUCGACUCUUGAACUGUGAACGGAGGAAGCAAACAAAACUGCUACAGUGACCUCCACAAACAAUAAUAAGCAUUGAAGAAGAUUCAGGGUUCGAGGGAAAGGUUUCGUUUUUUCAAUGGAAGGCGGCAGCUUGGAGCAGACUCUGCAAGAUGGGAAGCUCUACAGGCAGCUCAAUUCCCUCAUCGUUGCUCAUCUUCGCGACAACAAUCUCACCCAGGCUGCAACUGCAGUAGCAGCGGCAACGUUGACACCCUUAAACGUCGAAGCCCCUCCGAAUAAGCUGCUUGAGCUUGUUGCAAAGGGUCUUGCAGUCGAGAAAGACGAGAUUCAAAGAGGGGUUUCUACUUCUACAGUGUUUGACGCUGGCACUUUAGCUUAUGGCUCAGUCCCAGCUUCCCGUGCCACUCGUGUUGAUUUCAGUGCUGUGCAGGAUGCAAAAGGCUCAUCGAAAAGCUUUGGAAAACACGAAACCCGGAAGCUUUCAGAGCACAAGAAUGUUGCUAGGUGUGCAAGGUUUAGUCCUGAUGGAAGAUUUGUUGCCACUGGAAGUGCAGACACAUCAAUUAAACUGUUUGAGGUUUCAAAAGUUAAGCAAAUGAUGCUCCCAGAUGCAAAGGAUGGUCCUGUACGGCCUGUCAUAAGGACCUUUUAUGACCAUAUGCAACCAAUAAAUGAUUUAGAUUUCCACCCACAGAGUACUGUCUUGAUAUCUGGGGCAAAAGAUCGCACAAUAAAAUUCUUUGAUUUUUCUAAAGCUACUGCUAAGAGAGCCUUCAGAGUUAUCCAGGAUACUCACAAUGUGCGAUCUGUAUCAUUCCAUCCUUCUGGAGAUUUCCUUAUAGCUGGAACUGAUCAUCCAAUAGCCCACUUGUAUGAUAUUAAUACCUUCCAAUGUUACCUAUCUGCAAAUCCUCCGGAGAUUGGUGUUAAUGGAGCCAUAAAUCAGGUGAGGUAUUCUUCUACGGGUGGAAUGUAUGUAACAGCAUCUAAAGAUGGUGCUAUUCGGGUAUGGGAUGGAGUUACUUCCAGUUGUGUGCGCUCAAUAGUGGGUGCACAUGGAAUGGCCGAGGCCACAAGUGCAAGUUUUACAAAGGAUCAAAGGUUUGUUCUCUCCUGUGGGAAGGAUUCUACCGUGAAGCUUUGGGAGAUUGGCACUGGAAGAUUGGUCAAACAAUAUAUUGGAGCUACUCAUACACAACUGCGGUGUCAGGCUGUUUUUAAUGAUACUGAAGAAUUUGUACUAUCCAUAGAUGAAUCAAGCAAUGAGAUUGUUAUUUGGGAUGCUUUAACUGCAGAAAAGGUGGCAAAAUGGUCUUCCAACCAUGAUGGUCCACCCCGGUGGAUUGAGCACUCAUCAACAGAGGCUGCCUUCAUAUCAUGUGGAACUGAUCGAUCUGUCCGGUUCUGGAAGGAAGUUCUGUAAGCAGAUGGUAUGACAGUCAACAUAUUUCGUGGACUGGACAAGUAUGGGAUCGAGUGGCCAUGCUGACAUGGUAAUGCAGAAUUCUUGAAUGCUCAGCAGACCAGCUAGAAUUUGUUUUGGAGUCUCAGGAGGCAAAUUUUCAUUAUAUGUCCCCCAAGGUGCAUUCAAUCGCACAUAAUAUCUAGUUUCCAAGAAAUUAGUUGUCUUUUUGACUAAACUCUCCUAUAAAAGGAAAAUGGGGGAAUGUUUGGAUGACAGGCUUUCCUUACAAAGGAAUUUCUAUGUUUAUAUGAAGAGUAAGAUAUUGUUUUUCAUGCUUUGCCACAAUAUGAGGAGUAAAUAUUAUUUACAUUC